GUUGUCUGAGAUUUCUAGGUUUCUCGAUGGCUUCACGGAGGAAAAGAAGAAAGGAGAAUGAAGAAUCAUGUACUGAUAAACCAGAGAUUGUAUGUUCGCCGGUCGUCGUAUUCGCUCACGGUGCCGGUGCUCCCUCUUCUUCCGACUGGAUGAUUAGAUGGAAGGAAAUGUUAAAGAAGACAUUAGAAGCUGUUGAAGUGGUCACAUUUGACUAUCCUUAUAUUGCUGAUGGGAAAAGAAGAGUUGCUCCGAAAGCGGAGAAAUUGAUUGAGUUUCAUUUGGAUGUUGUUAAAGAAACUGCUGCUAAAUUCCCUGGUCAUCCUUUGAUAUUAGCUGGCAAAUCUAUGGGUUCUAGAGUAAGCUGUAUGGUUUCAGCUGUGAAUGAAGAUGUUACAGUUUCAGCUGUGAUAUGUUUAGGAUAUCCCCUUAAGGGCGCGAAAGGUGCGAUAAGAGACGAGACGUUGCUGGAAAUGGGAGUCCCUGUGAUGUUUGUGCAGGGAAGCAAAGAUCCGAUGUGUCCUCUGGAUAAGCUAGAAGCUGUUUGUAACAAAAUGAAAGCUGUGACUGAGGUUCAUGUGAUUGAUGGUGGAGAUCACUCCUUCAAGAUUGGGAAAAAACACCUUGAAACAAAAGAGUUAACACAAGAUGAAGUCGAAGAUGUCGCUCUGAAAGCAAUAGCCGCUUUUGUCUCCAAAUCUCUUGCUCAAAGCUCAUAAUUUUAGUCAAGUUACAGGUUUGUGUUCCUAAUGCUGUCAAGUUUAUGCCAACUUUAGUUGUGUUCAUUUGUAAUGGUAAACUGGAGUUUUUGUUAGGUAAUGUAGACUACUUUAACUAAGCAUCGCUCUUGGCUUUGCGUGACGCGGCACCAUUAUCAGCCCAUAUAUGUCUCUUGUGUGCCUUAUCCAAUUACUCAGAAAAUCCCAGUAAAAAAAAACUAAAACU